UAGCCGAAGUGUCACUUUUAUCCCUCCAGUGUUUGAAGGUUUCCGAUGGAUACUGGACCGGUAAACCCUUCCAUCGAGGAUGGCACGGUGGCGGAGACGUUUGCAGCUGAAGAUUUUUCACCCGCUGAAAGAUGCCACCAGGAAGGUGGAGAUUGUGGUAUAUGUGGCGAACCACGGCAGCUGACCGCGGAUCUGGCCGAGAAGAUGAAUCUGAUUUUCGAAAAACGUUUGCUGCUGGUCGAGAAGGAAGGGGGCGACGCUGGUUUGAAGAUUGAACUAUACCAAGAUUGGAUUCGAGAACUGCGUACGAUCAACAUCAGUGUGAUAGAAGCAAUUAGAGUUAUGCAAAGUACUUGUCAACGGCAUUUGAAUCGAAUGAAUGAAACACACAAGCGAAAUCUGACGAAGUUUGGCCGAGAUGCACAGGCACGCCUACUUAGCGACAGGGACAGUUUGCUGGAAGUAAUUAGAAGAGCUCGUACCACAGGCCGGUGGGACAUUGAAGGAAUUAAAUUUUUCGAUAUAAGUAUUGAGGAUAUUUUUGGUAAGAAAACGGGAGAACACGUUGAGCUUCAAAACGAUGGGCCAUCCAUUUCAGUGAAUCUUGCGGUUUCUUCGCAUUGCCAGCUUGAAGAUAUAUCGCAGAUUGAUGAUCUUAGGCAAGAAUUGAUUGCUAAGCAAAAACGAAUUGACGAUUUAGAAAUAGCUCUGGGGCAAACUCUACUUAAAACACCUUCAUUGCCUGGUAGUAUUGAAGAUUCUGAAACAGAGUUUAUUCACGGUGGCAUGGAUUGUGGCGCCAGUAACAAGGAACAUUUGCAACACUUGCGGCAGCUCAUUAGUCACAAAAAUGAAGAACUUGAACAGCAAUCCUUUCAAAUUGAGCGGCUUAAUAAACUAAUAGAAGAGUUGAAAAACAAAUUCGAUGAUACGGAGACGCAGCUCGAACUUGAGUUAACUCGUUCCUUUGCUGAUAUUAAACUUGAGGACUCGGCUGGCCCAAACCGAAAAGUUUUGCAGCAGCUGCAAAACCUUGCACGGGCGAAGUCCGACCAACUAGAAGCAGCGAUCAGGGACAACGAAGCUCUUCGAUCGCAGGUUGCCGCUCUGAACGGUCAGCUAAAUGCUCAGUUAAGUGUCGAUAACCAAUCGCUGGUAAAUGAGAUUAGUAUUCAUUACGACGAAAACCGUCGGCUCAAGAAGAAACUGUUGGAUGUUGAACAGUCGCUGAAUGAAGCUAAUGCCGUCGUAAAGCAUCGCAAUGCAGUGAUUUCACAGUUGCGUCAGGAGAUUCAAAUCUUGAAGAAGAAUACUGCCCACAUUUUCGACUCCAACGCAUUCGCUACCGACAGCAUAUCGCUAUGUUCCUCCGAAUCGGUUACCUCGUUCGGUAGUGCCCAUUCCGAUUCAUCGAUCGGAACGGUUGUACGAUGUCCGGUAUCGCCAACCGCACUGCGAAGCAGUCUGGAUCGUCUGAGCGAAGUGAGCGAAUUUGAAAUGGAACAAGUUCAACGGCUCAAAAUUGAACUGGCAGAAAUGGGCACUCGCCUGCAGGAACUUCAGUCCGUCAAGCAAGCACAGGACGAAGUAAUUGCUCAACAGAGUGGAAAGCUGCACGUUACGGAGAGUGAAUAUAAGAUUUUGCGAGAUGAAUAUGAAAACCACGAAAAACGCCUGCUUAUAAUGCGAACUGAAAUUUUGAGGCUAAUUAAAAUACUCAGGGAAACCACCAAAGAUGUUUUCCCAUUGCCACAGAACAUUGCAGCAGUCGAGGAAUUAGUUCCUCAAACAUUUACGACUGCCAAUUUGGAAGAUCUUUCGGGUGAUAUCUUCCAAACAGACAAAUUAAUCCUAGGAUCUCUGCAGCAGCAUUUUAACAGUAUUACUCGCCACUGUUUAUUGACAAUUGCCGAACAAAAAGAACUAAGGAGAGAUAUAACAGCUUUGCAGCACGACAAGCGUAAACAGGCCGAUCUGAUAGAGAAUCUCAAAAAUGGUCUGAUUGCCGCAGAACGUGCCAGUCAGCUAGAAUCUCAGAGGAUUGCCGAUCAAGCGGAAUCUUGUUGUAAGUCUCCCGAGUCCUUCGCCGCCCAACGAGUACAAAUGCAAAACGUCUUGCGUGCCGUGGCCGAAGAAAUCGCCUAUCUGCUAGGAAAGGAUUUGCCAGACGAUACCUUAAGCUCGUUUUCCGAACUGGACGCAACGCCCCUGCAUUGUUUGAUUGAAAAUCUGAAACAGGAAAUCGAGGCGAAAGAUUCAUUACUUCAGGGAAAGGCAGACACUAUCGUUCAGCUCGAAGAAACGAUUACUUCUAAUGAGAAAGAACUCUAUCGAUUGAAACUACGGCAAGAUUCGGUGGAACGAGAACGGCUGAGUUGCAACAAGAGGAUUGAAAAUUUGCAACGAGCACUGCAGGAUCAUGAUGAAACGAUUGGUAAACUCAAACAACAAAACCAAGGGCUCGAGUUACAGAUAGACGACAUGAAAGAAACUCUGCACGCAUACAAAGAAAAUAUUCAACGUACAAUCGAAGAGAAAAGCCGUGUGGAAGACGAGUGUAAAAACCAGCUGGUUACCAUUUCCAACCUACGCACCGCCCUGGAGGAAACGAAGCGCAACAGUAGCUCCUCCGUUAACCAUUUAAGAGAAGUCAUUGAAACUUUACACUUACAAGUUUCGAUGCUUGGUGAACAACUAAAUCAUGCUUUUCGGGAGAAUGUGACCAAGGACAGCGAGCUUGAACAGUAUCGGGAUUCGAAUCUGCAGUUGCGUUGUCAAAUAUCGGAGCUGACGCGUGAUUCCAUCGAGCUUAAGGACCUCGUAACGUUGUUGGGAACAAAGCGGGAGCUCGCAGAACAAAAACAGCGCUAUGUUGUGCAGAUGAAAAAUGAGCUGAACGGUUUGCAAGCUCAAAUGGUAGCCCUGCAGAAGGAAAUCGACUCCCGACAGCGCGAUCGUGAUUAUUUGAGUUACUUCCGGAAGCAGUGUGCGGAGAUGGCAUAUAAAUUCCACUUACAGGAUAUGGAACAUCAGCAGGAAUUGCAACGGCUGCGUGAUGAAAUUGAGUCGCUUAGCGUUCAACUGGUGGGCUGUAGUGAACAGGCUAUUCACCACGAGCAGUGGUUGCAGGAGUCAAACGCAUUGCAGAAUACAAUCACUGAACUGGAACGCCACAAUGAAAUUUUUCAAAAAAAUAUUCAAUCUUACGAGGAUACCAUCGAACAACAGCAGCAAGAGCUUAGUGCUGUUAAAUUUCAGUAUGACAACCUUACGAAGGAAGUAAGUACUCUUACGUCCUCGUGUAGUGAGAAGGAUAGUAAAAUCAUUAGUUUAAACACUGAAAAGGAAAAGCUGUUAGCCGAUUUAAGCUUACACAAGCGAAUGUGCAAAUGUGGAUUCAAUAAUAGCCUGAAAGAGAGGUCUAAAACUCCCGUUUCCCAUUCGCUGCAGAAACAAGUGGUUCAAAAAACGCUGGAAGCUACCAAAGCAGCCGAUGCACUCAAACAGAAAACUGUUGAAUUUAAAAAGUUGGAAACCAAAUACGUCGAAGAGAGAAUCAGAUUAACGGAACAAUCAACUGAAUUAUUUACACAGAUCGGUAAACUAAAGGGAAAAAACUCAAAUCUGGAGCAAACUUUAUUCCACAAAGAGGAACUGAUAGAGCGUUUACAGCAAACCUUGAGAGACGUUAACCAGCGUCUAGCUGCCAAGUCCGAAGCCGCCCAUAAUAUGGAAACAAAAAAUGCCAAUCUGUCGCAGCUGUUGGAAAAGUUUCGCGAAGACUCCACCGUUCGGGAAAAGAAACUAACGGAAGAACUGAACAGCAUCCGGAGAAGCACCCAGGAUCACAGGAACCAGCUGCAACAUUGCGAGAAUCAACUCGCUAAUCAGCAGGAAGAGUUACACUCACUGCGGGACAAAGCGGAUGAUUUACUGAAAGAGCGAGACACCCUCAGGGAGCAGGUCCAAGAUUUCAGCGAAAAGCUGGAAUGUGCAUCAGGAAAGGAAAGCGCACUCUGUGAAGUGUUGAAAAAGCUCCAAGAGGACUUGUCCUUCAAAACUAAACGUUUAGCGGAAGUGGAGGGCAAUUACCGUGACAUAUACCAAGCGUAUCAAAAUCUGAAAGGCUACAACGAGGAUCUCGCCAAACAGAGCCAGCUUACGCGAACCCACUUGGACAACUACCGGAAGCUGGUGGAGUUUAAGCGCCAGACAAUGAAUACGCUUGAAUUGGCGCAAAAGUGCGCCGACGAAUCGCAACAUCGGGAGCAGGCAUUCCAGCAAAAGAUUGAAGAGCAAAAACGAUUAAUUGUGAAACUACGAGAGGAUCGCGUUAAGAUGAUAAGAAAACUCUACGAUUAUCACCGGGACUCGGUGAUAUUGAACCAAAAGUUGGAAAAUUAUCAGCAAAUUUACAGUGAAAGUCGCAGAACACUUAGCACUUCGCUACAUCAACCAUUCUAUCCAGAAGCUUAUAAGUUAGUUCGAUCGAACAGCGAUCCGGCCUGUAAGGAGAAUGACGAGCUGAUUCGGAAAAUGGAAUUUACCAGGAGUCGCAUCCAUCAGACUAGAGAGAUUUGGCAGCAAGGAAUGCAGGAGAUUCUAUCGCCCAAAUAAGGUCCGGGUAGUUGCGGUAACAUUAGGGACCCAGA